AUGGGGAAAGCAAGGCAUGACAUCGCGGCCAGUGACAUAUCUGUCGAUGGACGAAGAAAAAGUGUUCGAGAAGAACAGAAAAUUCGUAAGAAAAAGAAGAGACGUAAAAGGGACUUGACAGAUCUACAUCAGAGAGUAUUCAAAUCGAAGAAGGAUAAAGAAACGAAGAUCGAUGGAAAAUCGAUCAAAAACAAGGCGGCAAAUUCAAGAAGGCUGUCGAACAGAAUUCUUCCGAGACCUUUGGCUGGAAUAUACAGAAAUGGUGCUGCAGGAAAAGAAAUACGAAGAUUUCAAACGAAAGCAGCUUUGAACGAUCUAAACAACGCGCGUCUACAGGGAAACGUGCUUAAAUUAAUGGAUGGUUAUGACUCGAAAUCAGAAGACGUUGUAGUUGAAAAUGGCAACAUAGAGGUUCGGAAAGAAUUACUACUCGAUUCUACUAUCAAAGAUAUUCUCCAACCAACUCCUCUUGGUGUCCAAAGCAGUCCUAUUUUGGGUAAAGUGGAUGGAAGAAGAAGAAUUAAAAAGGAAGGAGACAUAGAGUUCCCUCAAAAACCAACAGAAAAAAAGAAAACUAUUGAUUCUGAAAAUUUACGAAACUUUGCAUUAAGUAAAUACGAAGAAUUAUGCAGGGUUGUUUGUUCAGAAAAUUUCGAGGAACAAAAUUUUCCAGACUGUUUCGGACCAGAUCCACUAACGAAGGUGAAACAAAAAUUAAGAAAUAUUUACGCAAAAUCAUUUCAAAAUAAAUGUUUACGAGACAUGAUUAAACGUGGUAAUAUUUUGAACGAAUGUUCACCAAGUACUUCGAUGGAUGAUUCUUUUCCUCCAAACGCUGCAUAUUGUCCUUCUGGGUAUCCUCAAGACACGAACUCAGUAUCUGUAACUAUUGAUAAUCCAGACUGGCAUAUUGAUAUUAAAAGUAACAAGGAUGACGACAGUUUACAAGAAAGACAAAACCUAUUUUUAAUACCAAAAACGAAUUUAAAAAAAAACGAAAUUAACACGUCCAAUUUAUUAUUUCAUUCGUCUUCGUUAAACACCCUGGAUGCGGGAAUAAAGAACAGUCUUGAACCGGAAAUGUCACACGAAAUGAAUAACAUAUCUAACGAGGAUGAAUCGACAGAUGUAAGCAAUCGUACUUCUCUAGAAAUAAAUUAUUCUACAAGUUCCGCACGCAAGAACAAUAUUAUGAAAUAUUUCGAAGUAAAUGAAUUUGAUUGUGAGAGGAUAAAGGAUAAGAAUAAACCUCUCUUAUUUGCACAAACAGAAGCAGGAUCUCAGAAUAGUUCUAUUGAUAAGAAACGUUUAAUAAAACACAAAACUCAACGUAGACAAACAGUGCAUUUUUUAAACAAUGGAUUAAAAAAACACGCGGAAAGACAAAAUUUUAAAAUGAUGCAGCAAGUUAAAAUGAAGAAUUUGAAGCAUAUUCCUGCUAUAUUACGAAGGUGUAACAAUGUUGUGGCGAAUAAUAGCAACCGGCUAAAUCUAUUCCAGGAACCGAUGCAUAUUAAUAAAGAGUCUCGGAAAAUGUUGUUCGACGUUGCACCGAAGCAGAACGUUCUCUUCACUUCGCAAUCCGUGGUAACGGAAUCGAAUGAAGAUUCAAAGAGGCCGCAAAAGUCGAAGACUGCAAAUAUCUUAUUCGAUAGUACAAAAAUGAAAGAUCUGAACGUUCAAACUUGCGUAAUAGAUUCACCAAGUAUUUUUAACGAUGAGAUACAUUUCACGAAGAAUUCUUACUCGAAGCCAAUGGAGUCUAACCACAACCAAACUCAGCAGAAUCUCCAUGCGAAUGACAUUUUACUGAACAGAACAAAUCCGCCAAUACAAAAAACAGUGAUGUUCACGAAGAAAGACUCGCGGAAUAUAGGACACUGUUUAUACAUAAAUAAUAUAAUUGCAGAUGGAAAGACUGAUAAGUCGAACGUCUGUAUCAUACGGAAAAAUGUUUCUUUGCAGCAUGAAAGAUCGAAAAAUAAUUGUACUGUAUAUAAACACUACCAGGAAGUGCCAGGAAAUUAUUAUAAGGCGUAUCGAUGCUCGGAAAAUUCUGAUAAUUCCAAUUAUAAUAGCCAAGAAUUUAAAGAAGCAAGCGCACCAGAAGUGCAGCACGUACAGAUACAUCAAAAACCAAUGGUUUGUGAAGAUGGAUUAGUAAGAAAGGUCAUGCAACCUUCUAAAUCUGAAAACGGUAAAAAAUACCAUAACGAUCAACAUGUUUGCUAUGUGAUGGUAGACCAAUGCAAUGAUGUGAACAACAUGCAAGAGUAUUCUUAUAAUAAUGUGCCUGAAAUUGAGAAAUCUGGAACGGUGCAGAAUGGACGAUUCUGUCAAGAAGAUAUAGCCGAUGUUGGUAUCCUGAAAGGCGUGCAGAAUUUAAAGAUCUUGCCCAUGGAGGAACAAGAGUCUCAAAUACAAGUCACUAACAAUCAAUGUAUCAAAAAUGCAGUGAUACUGGAGAAACAGCCGAUUAAGUAUUUGGCAUUUGAAAACAAUUCCAAAACAGAAAAAAUUCCUAUUUAUAUGCAAAGGAAUAAUCACGUUGCUUCCGUCGAUAAUAUAGAACCAAUUAACUCAGGCGUUAAUUAUCGCGUGGUAUCGUAUCCUCAAGAAUCAACGCAGAAAAUUAUUUUCGUGCCAGCAUGCGAGCAGAACAAAGUCGUAUAUGUGAAACAGCAAUAUUUGCCUCAUUCGAAUGUUACUUUUGAAGAAUGCUCGCAUCCCAGAAAGGUAGUCAUGUGCCGACCGGAAAUACAAUACGUCAAAGAGUCCUCAAACGUAUGUGAAGUUCACCUGCCAAAACAGAACGUGGUGGAAAUAGGAGAAUCAGAUUGUGACACGAUUGUUACUAAUUUACAAAAGGCGAACAAUAUGAAGAGUUCGAGGCGAGGUGGAGUGAAUCGAGAGGGACUUCAUUAUCGACCGAAUCAUGAACAUGAUGCUUGUGUGAGGAAUCAGACAAUAUUCUAUCAAAAAUAAGAAUGCUGUAUUAAUUGAAAUGUACGUUAGAUACAUUUUUGCUAUUAUAUCUUAAUGAGGUUUAUUAUGUAUAUUUAUACAAGUGCGAGAUUUACACAGAUAAGCAGAAAUUGUCUUUGGAAGUUUAUUUAAAGCGUAUUUUGUUUUGAUAAAACCGUUUGUUUUAAAAUAUAGAAAACAAACAGUUCUGUAAUUUUUGU